AUGAUGCUCUUAUGGCUGCUGCUCCUUGCGUCACUGCCGCUAGAAGCUGAGCAAUCCUGCAUCGGGCUACUGGCACAAGUGAAUGUCAUUUCAGAGGAUUCUGCAAACUUGUUGUUCUUUCAACGUCCUUCUCAUCUUCUCGCUCCAAGGUCUGGGUCGAAGGCAGCUUGUCGAGUGCGAUGUGAGAGGGGGCUUGUGAUGGGGAUGAAGAAGAGGGGAUCGAGGUCGUCGUUCAACAACAGGGAGGAGAAUGAGCUCAACGGCGUGUUACAAGAGAUACAGAAGCUUACCAGCGACUCGAGCCUCUCGCAGGUUGACAAGAUCAAGAUGAUACGUCAGCUGAUGCCUCCUCCUCUCUCCCCCGAAGAGACUGAGCCUGGCAUGCGAGGGGAGACGCUCGUCGCGAAGAGCUUCGGACAUCUCAAUGAUCUUCUGUUCCUUGACUCCUGGGAUGAGACAAACGGUCAUCGUCCACUCAAGCUGUUCCGAGGAGUACCAGAUGUGAACAUGAAGCUGCUCACGUCACUUCAGCGGCUUGUCAUGGAUGGUGAUGGGCGGCGUGCUGUGUCCCUGGAAGCCGCAAGGAGGCUGGAAGAAGGGAUGGUGGAGAGUUUCAAGAAGUACGCCUACGGCAUGGCGAACUUGGGUCCUUCUCCCACUCUCUGGGAGUGGUUGGCAUUAGCUCAGCAUCAUGGACUUCCCACAAGGCUGCUUGACUGGACGAAGUCUCCCUAUGUGGCCCUCCACUUCGCUACUUGCAAGGCAGCUCUGAUGGAUAGCGACGCUGUCGUGUGGGUGAUCGAUCCCUUCCGAUUCAGCAUGGAAUUUGAG